AUGGGUGAAGUUUUGAACCAAUCAGUAAAUCAGUCUCUAACUAAAAUCAUCAAUGUCUUGAAAAAAGUAACAAUUUAUGAUUCAAUUAAAAAAAUAAUAUGGAUUCAAGGUAAACAGAAAACCAAGACACAUUUGAUCUCAUUUCCUAGUAACGUUCCAAAGUAUCUUGAAAUUGAAAUUAAUGAAAAUUGCUGUACCUCAUUUUUUUACAUUCAUAAACUUACUUGUUAUAAAAGAAAAAGUUAUCAACAAUUUACUUAUUUUGAUAAGACAAAUGAACUUGUGUUCUUAAAACCAUCUGUUUAG